AUGGACCGCGGAGCUGCGGCGGCCCAGGGCACUGCCCCGCCUCAGGAUGGAGAGCAGCCCGCGGAGUCGCCAGAGCCGCCGCCGCCGUGGCCGCCGCCGAAGCCGCCGCCUGCCCCUAGGCUGCUGCUCGCGCCUUCGCCAGAACCCGCACCACAGUUCUGUCCAGAGCCUGCUCCAGAACCCUGUCCGGAGACGACCCCAGAAGCAGCCACAGAACUAGACACAGACCCAAUCCCAGAACCAGACUCAGAACCGCCCCCAGAACUAGACCUAGAGCCAAUCUCAGAAGCGGCCCCAGAACCAGUCAGCCCGCCGGUCCCAGAGCCGGCCCCAGAAUCAGACACAGAGCCGGCCCCAGAACCGGUCCCAGAACUGGCGUCAGAACCGAACCCAGAGCCGACCCCAGAGCCGGUCCCAGAACCAGCCACCGCGCCGGUCCCAGACCCGGCCCCAGAGUCCUGCGCUGAAGCGACUCCACAGUCCCGUCGGCAGCCAAGUCCGGCGCUCUGUCUGUUGCCUCGUUCGGUGGUCGCUCCAGAGAGGGGUCUAAAGACCUCACCGUCGCCCGGAAGGCCAGUGCCCCUGUCCAGGACCCCAAUUUCAUGGAAGAGGCUCACAAAAAUACUGAAGGAAGGACCUUUGCUAAAGAACUGUAACUCUUUCCAGAGGUGGAAGCUUAGAUACUUUCUAGUUCGAGGACAAAGACUUUGCUUUGCACAUCAUCCUGCGUUUGCACGCUUUGAAACAGUUGAUCUGUCUCAGGUCGCUUUGGCAGAAAGCAGCUGCAGAAACCUUUGCCACGGUUUUUGUGUGAUCACACCACAACGAAAAGUUACCCUGGCUGCACCAAACCGGAAAGAUAUGGAAGAAUGGAUUAAUGUCAUAAAAACCGUCCAACAGGGAGAAAUCCGUAAGAUACCCGCAGCCGAAAACAACCCUUUCCUUGUUGGAAUGCACUAUUGGUACUCCAGUCACAGCCCGCGGACGCAGCACUGCAAUAUUUGUCGGGAGAGCAUUCCUGCCUUAUCUAGAAAUAUUAUCAUCUGUGAAGUGUGCAAAGUGAAGUCUCACAGAUUAUGUGCUUUGAGAGCUAGCAAAGAUUGCAAGUGGAAUACUUUGUCUCUCACCGAUGACCUCCUUCUGCCCGCAGAUGAAAUAAAAACUAUGCCUCAUCAGUGGGUAGAAGGAAACUUAUCUAUCAGUUCUCAAUGUGCAGUCUGUCAUGAGAACUGUGGUAGUUACCAAAGACUUCAAGAUUUCCGGUGUCUGUGGUGUAAUUCUACGGUGCACGAUGACUGUCGCAGACGGUUUUCCAAGGAAUGCUGGUUUGGGAGUCAUCGGUCAUCAGUCAUUCCUCCCACUGCCCUCAGCGACCCCAAAGGGGAUGGCCAAUUAGUCGUAUCUUCUGACUUCUGGAGUCUUGAUUGGUCAUCAGCCUGUUCAUGUCCCCUUCUCAUCUUCAUCAACUCAAAAAGUGGCGAUCAUCAAGGGAUCGUCUUCCUCAGAAAAUUUAAGCAGUACCUUAACCCAUCUCAAGUGUUUGACCUGUCGAAGGGUGGACCUGAAGCAGGGCUGUGCAUGUUCAAGAACUUUGCUCGCUUUCGCAUCGUGGUUUGUGGUGGAGAUGGCAGCGUGAGCUGGGUCUUAUCUCUGAUAGAUGCCUUUGGAUUACAUGAAAGGUGUCAGCUGGCGGUCAUCCCACUUGGAACCGGCAAUGAUCUGGCCCGUGUCCUAGGCUGGGGUGCAUUCUGGAACAAAAACAAGUCACCUCUGAACAUCCUCAACAGAGUGGAGCAGGCUACUGUGAGGAUCCUGGACAGAUGGAGUGUGAUGAUCCGGGAGACCCCCAGACAAACCCCAUUGCUGAAAGGACAGAUUGAAAUGGAUGUACACAGAUUUGAGGCUGCUGCCAUCCAACACUUAGAAUCUGCCACCACUGAGCUGAACAAAAUCCUGAAGGCCAAGUACCCUACAGAGAUGAUUAUCGCUACCAGAUUCCUUUGCUCAGCAGUGGAAGAUUUUGUGCUUGAUAUCGUAAAGGCCUGGCGUCAGAUAAAACAGAACAAUACAGCAAUAGAGUCUGUGAUUUUGAAAAGUGACAUCAUGUAUGACAAGCUCAGUGUCCUGGUUGAUGUCCUGGCUGAGGAGGCAGCAGAGAAGAGCACUCCAGAAUGUGCAGAUAGCAGCCUCAUCGAUGGAAAGCCCUUCAUCCCUCAAAUAGACCACAUGACCAAGUGCAAGCUGGAGCUGGCCACAAAGGCCCAGAAUCUUCAGAAAUCCUUGAAACUCAUUAUAUUUCAAGUUGAACAAGUUCUGGAUGAGCAAAGCCGACAGACAAUAUCGGUUAAGAACUUUACUUCAGCUUUCUUCCUGGAAGAUGACUCAGAAGAUAUCAACCAGACAAGCCCAAGACACCGUUCUCGUCGUGGCACUUUGUCUUCUGUAUCGUCUCUCAAAAGUGAAGACCUAGAUAACCUCAAUUUGGAGCACUUACACUUUAAACCUGAAACUAUACGCUUCAAGGAAAGGUGUGUCAUGAACAACUAUUUUGGAAUUGGACUGGAUGCUAAAAUUUCUCUGGAAUUCAAUACCAGAAGAGAUGAAAACCCAGGACAAUACAAUAGUCGUCUUAAGAACAAGAUGUGGUAUGGCCUUCUGGGAAGCAAGGAACUUUUACAGCGCUCUUACAGGAAAUUGGAAGAAAGGGUGCACCUGGAGUGCGAUGGAGAAGCCAUUUCUUUGCCAAACCUGCAAGGUAUUGUAGUGCUCAACAUUACCAGUUAUGCCGGAGGAGUCAACUUCUGGGGAAGCAGCUCAGCAACCACGGAAUAUGAGGCUCCUGCAAUAGAUGAUGGGAAGCUGGAGGUGGUGGCGAUCUUUGGCUCAGUGCAGAUGGCAAUGUCCCGUAUCAUCAACUUACAUCAUCAUCGCAUUGCCCAGUGCCAUGAGGUAACAAUAAACAUUGAUGGUGAAGAUGGUAUCCCAGUGCAGGUGGAUGGGGAGGCCUGGAUUCAGCAACCAGGCCUUAUCAAGAUUAAAUACAAGAAUGCUGCCCAGAUGUUGACAAGAGAUCGGGACUUUGAGAGCUCGAUGAAAAUGUGGGAGUGCAAGCACACUGAAAUCCAAGCUGCCCCUCAGCCCCAGAUGGACUCCCAUGAAUCUCAAGAUAGCCUCUCAGAUGAGGAGUAUGCUCAGAUGCAGCACUUAGCUCAACUUGCAGAAGACCUCAUCAGCAGACUUACUGACCUGAGCAAGGUCCACCAGCAUGUGUCUGUCCUCAUGGAUUCUGUAAACGCCAGUGCUAACAUCCUGAAUGAUACAUUUUACAGUCAAGAUAUUGAGGCAGGCGCAGCUUCCUGCACUCCCGUUGAGACUCUAAGCAGAAAUGAUGCAGUAGAUGUUACAUUUAGCCUUAAAGGGCUCUACGAUGACACCAAAGCUUUCCUGGAUGAAAAUUUGCUGAGAAACACCGCAGACGAGGCUACACUGCUAACUGCUUUGGAUGCCAUGAAUAUGGAGUUUGAAAAGUUAUCUGAGAUUGACUGGAUGGGUUUUAUCCUUGCCCCAGAGGGAAAGUCUCCAGACACUGACAGUAGAAGCCUCAGAUUAAAAAUUAAGUUCCCCAAAUUGGGGAAGAAGAAACUAUACGGGGAAGACAAGCCUAAAUCAGGCAGAGGAGUCCAGAGUUUGAUUGGAAAUUUGUGGCAUCGUAGAAGUCGUGAGGACAAAGAGAAAGAUGACGAUCCUCCAACAUCAAGAUCUCAACCGUAGUCUUGAAAGCUGGAAGAACUCACAACAUUUAGAAUUCUACU